CCUUGCGGAGUUUUAAAACAGUUGUCAUGUGUCACUCACAGGCACCAGGAGUCUGAGCGGCCUCCUCCUCUUCCUCCUAUCUUCCUCCUCUUGCUCCUUCUCUGCGCCGCUCGCCAUCAUCUUCAUCGGUCCCACACUUAGUUAGUUCCGAGUACGUCCUCACGGCUUAAAAACAUCCACAGAAGAAAAAGAGUUGCUGAGUUUGCUCCACAAACUGCGUGACAGGAAGUAGCGUUCACAACCAUCAAGUGACAGACAGGAGUGCAAGAUGCAGCUUUGGACCGGAGGGGAGAUAUGGGACUACUACUGUUACUAUGACUACCGUUUCUGUUGUCAUGACGACUGCAGUCUGGACUGUUCCUGCUCCGCGUGCUGAUGCUGGGAGACCAGCUGUUAGCUCCAAGUGGAUCACAUCAUCUGCCAAUCAUGCAACACGAGCACCUUUAACUUCCUGUUGUCACACCUUAUCAUGUAGACUAAUACCGGCAGUUCUUUUUUUCACCACUAGAGGGAGAUAUAAUAAAAGUGUGUAGUCAAGAAGCUCGUAGAAGUCGUACACAUAUUCAAAUGUGGCAUGUGGAUUUAAAUAAAGUUAUAGUUUAAAUACGAUAAAGUUAAGUACAUUUUCUCUUUUUGUCCAUUGUUAUCCAGUUUGUAUCCGCAUGGGGGCGCAAGUACCAACUUGAAAGACAAAAUUUCCGGAAAGUGAAGAAGAAGAACGCUUCCGGUGUGGCCUGGUGUCCUCUAUGCAAGAUUUCGUAGUUUGGGGCAAUAUUUUCAAUUAUUUGGGAUUCUAAUAUUGAGAGUUUUAAUAUUUUGCCGUCGCACGUCGUCCGGCUGCUUAUUGAAGAGGAGGCAUCCUCCACAUGAGAGACGAGGAGGUGAUGCGGUGGAAGGAGGUGGCCUGCCAGUGGGAGCCUCAAGUGGGCUGGACCAGCGAGGUUGCCUGUCAGAUCGAUGCCGUUGAGAGUCGGGAUGUCGCCAUCCAGGUGGACCUGCUGACUCAGCAGCUCGGCUGGCGACACACAGGCACAUCUGGCGUGCCGGUUCAGUGUUCAGCGCUUCAAUCUGACAGACAAAAUGGCGGGGAAGUGCGCAGGAGUAAAGUCAUUCGAAAUGGCAUCAAAGCGCAGACACCAUCGCUCCCCGUCCCGUCCUGUACCUCGCCGCAGCUGUCCAGCACGCGACCGCAGAGGAUACGGCGUCCUCCAAAGUGGCGAGAAGACCUACUGACGCCGACCGAGGUCUCAUCUAGUGACAUGGCAGCGGAGGAAGAAACCACGCAGACGCCAUCCGAGGCAGGCGUGUUGGCGGUGGUGAAGCUGGAGGACGAAAGCAGCGUGUGCGACGUAUGCGGACAAGUGAUGAAGAACAAGUCCAGCCUGGCCCGACAUUCGUUUAUCCACACGGGCGAGAAACCGUUCGCGUGUCACCUGUGCGAGCUGCGCUUCAAUCGCCGUGAUAAUCUGCGACAUCAUAUCAGUCACGUACACCCGGACGGCGUCGCCAGGCGGGAGAAGCAUCGUCCGAAGCAGACUUGGCUGUGCGACGUGUGCGGAAAGACGUUCCGCUGCAGGUCGGCGCUCAAGACGCACGAGGUCAUCCACUUAGGGGUCAAACCUCACAGCUGCGACCUGUGCCCCAAGGCCUACAUGCGCAUCAACGACUUAGAGCACCAUAAGAAGACGGUGCACGAGGACAGCGGCGAGCAGACGCGGCGCUCCGGCUCACUGCUCUGCGACUUCUGCGGCAAGGAGUUCAAGUUCCGGUCGCAGCUGGCUGCUCACCUGCAAACGCAUACAGACGAGCGGCCGCACCUGUGUGAUGUCUGCGGACGCAAGUUCUGUCGCCAGUCCCAGCUGGAGCGCCACAAGCUCCUCCUCCAUCCCGACGGCGGCGAGAAUGGCGCUUCUGCGGAAGGGAUGCCUUGCGAAGUGUGCGGCAGGCGGUUCAAGACCGAGGCGCUCCUCGCCACCCACGCUCGUGUCCACACGGGCGACAAACCCUUCCACUGCGGCUUGUGUCUGCGUCGGUUUGUGCGUGCCGCCUGCCUAAAGCAGCACCACAUACGUGUGCACCUGAAAGUCGGACCGAGGGCGGUGGCCCAGCGGAGCCCGCGCACGCCGAAAAUAUUCCCGUGUUCCAUGUGCAGCAAGGUGUUUAAGUUCCAGUCCCUGCUGGCCAACCACGCCGCCGUGCACAGCGACGAGCGACCCCACGCCUGCGACAUGUGCACCCGACGCUUCCGACGCCUCAGCCACCUCAAGAGACACCGACGAGUUGUCCACCAUGACGGCGCCCGCCCGCCACAGACGUUCAUCUGUCAUAUCUGCGGCAAGGAUAAGAAGUGCCGGUCGCAGCUGGCUCGGCAUAUCAUCAUCCACACGGGCGAGCGACCCUUCGGUUGCGACAUUUGCCACGCGCGUUUCAAUCGCCAAGGCAACCUGCAACAGCACAAGAAGCGGAUGCAUGGCGUAGGGAAGCCGCACGAAGACGAAGAGACGCCCGUGCUGUUUGACGACCUCGAUGGGGAUGUUGUUGUUAGCUGCAAACAGGAAGAGAUCGUAGCGAGUGAUGUGGCUACGCCCCCUGACUUAAACUCCAUUACUUCCUGUACACUCAGUGACGCUUAAAGUUGUUGCAACUUUUUGCUUGAAUUCCAAAGAUUUUUUUUUUUCACCUAACAGUUGAAAACUCAGGAAGCUGAUUGGCUGAAGCACUGAAUGUUUUAAUGAAGACACCACUUAUCUCUUGCUGAUCAAUAACAAUGUCAGGACGUACAUAAAACGUUAGCUUAAUGUGCUGUCUUACUGAUCGAUAAAGAUCAAAUAAAUAAAUAAAUAAAAAAAUGUCACCUUCACUCGUCACUAGUUU